AUGUGCUACAAUAACACAGUCGAUCUUGAAGGUCUUUGUUUACCGGAUCCAAGUUCUCUUGUGCUUUUCAUGACCAUCAUGUUAAGUGCAUUAAGUAUAGUGGUAUCCAGCGUAUAUUUGAAAAAACCAACAUUUGUAUACAAGCUGUACGAAUAUCAUGACAUUCACUUUGGUAGUCGCCUUCUUAAUGUUAGUCUGUACGGAAUACACGGAUCGGAUUCUUGUUGGCCUGGCACCUGUUUAGUAACUGGAUGA